AUGAAUCGACAAAAUCAAUUUUUGCAGCAACAGCAACAGCAACAGCAACAGCAACAACAGCAGCAUCAACAGCAGCAACAGCAGCAACAGCAGCAAUUUCAGCAGCAGAUGCAACAUCCUUCAGCCGCUCAACCAACCCCACCUUCAAUUGAACCAGUACAAAAGAAACGUACCGCAUCCAAGUUGAUUUCAAAUAAUAACAGAAAGAGGUCUCACUCAUCAUCUUCAUCGACUUCAUCAUCUGGGUCUCCUUCCACUAACAUCUUCUUGACUGCAAGCUCUUCUGAUUCUGGUUCAUCAACAAUGGCAUCCAUCAAAAGUACCCCUACAAAGAAAAAGAGAAAUGCCUCCACAUUGAAUAGUAGUAGCACAGACUCCUCAUCCGCAGAGAGUGGCGCUUCAUCUACCCCGAUGCCAUCGAAAACAUCAGGCUCGUCCUUUGCUUCGCCAAACAUCAUCCCACCUCGAUUGACAGCGCAAAGAAGCGUACCGGCAUUUUUGAACAAACUUUACAAGUAA